AUGCACAAGAUCGGCAUCGCAACGCAGCAGAAGUAUUCAGAGGAGCACGAACUCAAGAAUCUGCAAGAUACAUCUGGCCCACUGGACACCAAUCCACCCAAACAGGGAGGCGGUGUCAUUGCGAGAGAUUUUGAACUGCUCUGGACUCCUCGCAAGGAGAUUUGGACCGAUCCAUCUUGCUGA